UAUUCAGAGUGAGAGGCAGAGUGUGCGCUUUCUGUUGGCUGUUGGGCAGAGUAGUGUACUGGCUUGGUCAGUGUGUGAGAAUAGAGGAGCAGAGAAGACCCCUGGUGCUGUGACUUGACUAAACAAACAGAGAGCUCAGUGUGGUACCUACUCCAACGAACUCCCAGGACACUGAAGAUUAACCCUAAACCCCUUCAGUCCUCUACUUCAGAGGAACCCAGACCGAACCCUAAAAAUUUCAACUGGCUAGAGAUUGUUACUGUUUACUCAGAAGUCAACAGACCACCGCCAACAGCACAUCUCUGAAGAGAGAGAUAGAGAGAGAGACAUACAGAGGCUGAGACUUGAUCAUGUUUUAGGAACCAAGAUACAGCCAGGAACUGAAGAAGAGUUAUCUCCACCGUUACCAUGACGAGUGUUCAACUGACGGUCCUUCUUACAGCUAUUCUGCACCUCUACCCUAAGUUCCAAUGCUUGGAGAUCAAACCUAACAACACAGAGGUCAUUAUGAAACCGGGCAACACCAUUGGCUUCAACUGUUCCGGACAGGGCACAGUCAAAUGGACAUUUAAACGGGAUGACAAUGUUCCAAAUUUUAGAAAUGAAACCAAAGCCAUGACCAGUGUUCUCUUUCUGGAUGAUGUCACGUGGAAACACACAGGAGUGUAUGUCUGUACCGAGACACAGACCAACGAGACUCAAGAGGUGGCCGUGUUUGUGUCAGACCCAGAUGUGUGGUUUGUUGAGAGCUCCCACGGCAUGACGACCCGGACCAGUGAAGUGGGCACCAUACCCUGCGUGGUCACCAAUCCCCAGAUCGCUGUCAGCCUCCAUGAGAGGGACAGUGACAUGAAGGUCCACGGGGACUACAUCCCCCACGAGGGCUACAGGGCCCUGCUGGAGGACAGGACCUACGUGUGCCGCGGGGAGCUCAAUGGGGAGGUGAAAGAGUCCCAGUCAUUCAACGUCCUCAGUAUUAUUGUCCCGGAGGCGCUCGACCCCUACAUCAACGCGUCGAAGACGGUGCUGAAGCAGGGCGAGUCCCUGACGGUGACCUGCACGGUGCAUGGAGUGGAUCUGGUCUCCUUCUUCUGGACCUAUCCCAACCAAGAUAUGGAGCACGUUAAGCCGACCACUGACGUCCUGCCACAGAGCAUGCGCUCCUACCUCUGGUUCGCCACGGCUACACUGGCCAAUGCUGGGCAGUAUGUGUGUCUGGUAUUGGAUGUCGUCCAGGACCAGACAGCCACAGCCAACAUCAACAUCACUGUUCUCGAGCGAGGCUUCGUGGAGCUGAGUCCGGUCCAGCAGGGCAAAGUCUCGGUCAAGCUAUACCAGAAUGUAGAGCUGAGGGUGGAGAUUGAGGCCUACCCUGCUCCACAUGUUUACUGGACAAAAGACAACACCAGCAUCAAAGGGGACAAAACUAUCAUCACAAAGCAGGAGCACGUGACCAGGUAUGUCAGUACUUUGACUUUGGUGAGGAUCAGGGCGGAACAGAAGGGCCUUUAUACCAUUCUUGUCACCAAUGGAGAUGACACCAAGGAAGUUACCUUUGAUUUGGAGGUCAAAGUUCCCGCUCAGAUCACUGACCUAUCGGACCACCACCUCCCAGGACACAGGCAUGCUGUGACCUGUGUAGCUGAAGGGGUCCCCUUCCCAUCCAUCAAUUGGUUCAGCUGUGACAGCAUGCUCAAGUGCAGUAACCGGAGCACAGUGUGGCAGCCCCUGGUGUCAGACUCUGAGACCUUGAGCCUCCAGACCAACGUCAGCUUCAACGAGAGCCGCAAGGUCGGCCAGGUCCGAAGCCAGGUCACCUUCCACAAGCCCCAGCAGGCGACCAUUCGCUGUGAAGCCAGCAAUGAGGGAGGAAUCCGCUGGAGGGACGUCAAACUGGUGUCUAGCACUCUGUUCUCUCAGGUGGCGGUGUUGGCAGCGAUUCUAGCCCUGGUCGUCAUCAUCAUCAUCUCCGUCAUCAUCCUCAUUGCUGUGUGGAGGAAGAAGCCGCGUUAUGAGAUCAGGUGGAAGGUCAUAGAGUCUGUGAGUCUGGACGGCCACGAAUACAUCUAUGUCGACCCCAUCCACCUGCCCUAUGACCUGGCUUGGGAGAUGCCCAGGGACAGCCUGGUGCUGGGUCGAACCCUUGGGUCUGGAGCGUUUGGCAGGGUGGUCGAGGCGACUGUGUAUGGUCUUGGCCAUUCCCAGUCCUGCAUGAAAGUUGCCGUGAAAAUGCUCAAAUCCACAGCAAGGAGAAGUGAGACUCAGGCCCUUAUGUCAGAGCUGAAGAUUAUGAGUCACCUCGGGCCUCACCUGAACAUCGUUAACCUGCUGGGAGCAUGUACCAAACAGGGUCCUCUCUACCUAGUGACUGAGUACUGUCGCUACGGAGACCUGGUGGACUACUUGCACAGGAACAAGCAUACGUUUCUGGAGUACUACGCUGAGAAGAACCAGGAAGACUCCGGCUGUCGCAUCUCUGGAGGGAGCACCCCUCUCAGCCAGAGGAAAGGCUACGUGUCGUUUGGCAGUGAGUGUGACGGCGGUUAUAUGGACAUGAGUAAGGAUGAGCCCACCAUGUACGUCCCCAUGCAAGAGCUGAAAGACACCAUCAAAUAUGCCGACAUCCAGCCGUCUCCCUACGAGUCUCCAUACCAGCACGACCUAUACCAGGAAGAAGACCAGACCACAGUCUCAGCCCUGGUCAUUAGUGACUCCACCACCCUCAGCUAUACUGACCUCAUCGGUUUCAGCUACCAGGUGGCCAAAGGCAUGGAGUUCCUUGCAUCCAAGAACUGUGUCCAUCGUGAUCUGGCCGCCAGAAACGUGUUGAUCUGUGAGGGUAAACUGGUUAAGAUCUGUGACUUUGGCCUAGCCAGAGACAUUAUGCACGAUGACAACUACAUCUCCAAAGGCAGCACGUUCCUGCCCCUGAAGUGGAUGGCCCCGGAGAGUAUCUUCCAUAACCUGUACACUACCUUGAGUGACGUAUGGUCCUAUGGCAUACUGCUCUGGGAGAUCUUCACCCUGGGAGGAACGCCUUACCCUGACCUGCCUAUGAAUGAGUUGUUCUACAGCGCCUUAAAGAGAGGCUAUCGCAUGAGCAAACCUAAUCAUGCCACAGAUGAAGUCUAUGAAGUCAUGCAGAAGUGCUGGGAUGAGAAGUAUGAGAAGAGACCAGAGUUCUCCCUUCUGGUCCACACUAUGGGGAACAUGCUCACAGACAGCUAUAAAAAGAGAUAUAGCCAGGUCAACGACGAGUUCUUUAAAAGUGACCACCCAGCCGUGGUCCGCACCAAACCCAGGCUCUCCUCUCCCUUCCCCACCCCGGUCUUUACCCCCUCCACAACCCCAGCCACCCCCCAAGACACAAACCCCUAUCCUCUCACCGGAGACUUCAGAGCGGAGGCAGACAGCCAAGAAAUUGUGCCGUCCUACAACGACUACAUAAUCCCAAUCCCGGACCCAAAACCAGAGGAGGAAGUCUGUUCUGAAAGCCCCGCGAGCUCUCUGACUACGGACGAGGAGGCUGAUUCAAUCUCCCCAGAGACUGCAGAGGCAGGCACCGUUUCAGAGGAGGAGGAUCUCCAUGCCAACCAGGCGCUGGUUCCUCUGGAAUCAUCUGGAACACCAGAAGUGGAGGAUAGCUUCCUGUAGAUCUGCCAAAAAACUUGGUGAAAUUAUGGCAACAUUCCUGAAUAGCUUUUGUGGGUAAUAAGAGAAUGUAGCAUGAAAAUGUAGCAAAUGUAUUAAGAGGUUUCCACUAAAAAUACAAGAAAUGACCACUGCUUUAGAGAAUAUUUUUGACUGUGCUGUGAAUCUGACUAUUUAAAAGUUCAAAUGUAGUUUUCAGUCCAUCUUUACACAAAAAAAUCUAGAAGUUUUUGUCAGUUUGUGCAUAUUUGUUCUCCAAACAGUCUAUGCUAUAUUUGUCGAGCCAUGUUACUAGCCGCACUGAAUAUAAUAGCAUAGCUAAACGUUACUAUAACACAAAAACAGCACCAAAUUCAAUCACUACAUGAAUGAUAAUUGUUAGUUUCUAUCUAUUAUAUCGAUUACCUCUAUUUAGCAUAACUGAUCUAAAUUAUUUUCAAUCAUGUGACCCUGCAUUUUGAGUUCCUGUAGUUUCAAAGUCACUAACAACGUUGAUUUUAAUUAUGCACAAUGAAUGUUAGAGCUGAUGGUUUUAUCAAGUUGUAUCAUGGUAGCUUCUCUUUGUGUUUUGUCACUUGUCGUUACGUGCAAUCCGCGCACGCACAUAAGAUUUACUAAGCUCCAAAAAAAGUUAAAUAUGCAGCUGGUCCAAAUAUUUAAAAAUAAUCAAUUUAAAAUCAGCAAUUACUUCAAUUGAAAGUGACAAACAAUCAUCAAAAAAUAGGACCUAUCAAAUUAUUUACUUUAAAGUUGGGAAUAUAUGACUUGCGAAAUACUGUAGUAUUAUAGUUCCUAUUGCAGUGUUUCUAUGGUGAUUUGUCUAUUUGUUUUACAUGUUUUAUUUUCAUGUGAUAAAGAUUGAACAAAAAAACACUAAAGUUGGAACAUUGUAACAGGGAGAGACACAGGGAAUGAACACAGGAUAAGUGUUCAGGGCACUGGAGGGCAUUUAACAGAAAAUAGCAAAUAGAAGAGUCCGCUGGGGAAGGUGGUGAGUUGGCAUCAUCAGGUUACAAAACAGCGGUGGUUCUGGUGACAUGGCAUUACACUCUUCUCUUUUUCACUGCUGCCUUGAGCUGAUUUUCUGGGGCCCUUUUAACCUCUCCCUGAAGAGGUCUGACGGUAACGCAGAAGAGGUCAUGUUACAUCAUAACUUGUACUGUUACAUUAUGCCUGCGUGAAGAUGUUCCCAUUUCUUGGCUGAUAGCCUACUGCAUUCAGUAAAACAAACAAAAUCGUAAGGCAUCCACUUUUCAAAAAAUCGUUGGAAAAUGAAAUUCUAGUUGCACUGAGGUACAAUAUUUUUUUGAGUUUUGAGUUGCAAAUGCAUUUGUUCUACUCCAAGUUAGUUUGUGGGAAAAUAAUUUUGACAGUUAAAUAUAUUGGCCUUUAUUGAGCAAAAAUGUACAAUGUAAAUGCUGUCUUUCAAAAUAUCAGUUUAGGCUGUCUUGAUUUUUAUAUUAUGUAAAUUUACUUUCUACAUUUUAUAUAGCAUUUCAUUUUUAUGAGUCCUGUAUACAUUUUGCACUUUACAAUGUUUUGCAAAACAUUUCUAAGAAUGGGAUGUAAGGUACAGUACAAACGAGAUUGAAUGAUGUUUGAAAGGUAUUAACAAAUUGUAUACAUGUAGGUACUGAAUGAAUGAGAAAUAAACUGAGCAUUUCACUGCCUUAGCACGUAUUGUAUAACACCAGUACGCUGUUGUGUACUGUGACUAUGACUAAUAUCUUUGACAUACUUUUGUAUUGUAUAAAGUUUUAUUAAAAAAAGACAAAUAGUAGGCAAAAUGUUAAAAUAUAUAAUUCAAUUUUCUAUGGAAAGAUAUCUGUAGAAAUAUGUCUCUGUGAUUUUAAAUCUACAUCCAUUAAGCAAUGAUAUGAUACUGAGAUCGUUUACACUGCCUCUUGUUAAGAUUACUCACAAUGGUUCUCCUAUCAUUAGAUACACUCCCAGUAAAUGAUAUUCUUCCUUGUACAUAUUUUUAUAUGGCGUAUAAACACAGAAUGCAACACAAGCGGAAAUUCAGGAACACACAUAAUACAUGGGUGAUUCUCAUGAAACUAGUUCUAACGCUACAUAGGCUUGGUCGUAAGGCCGUGAUGUCUAGUUCCUAGGAACAAAUCUUAUUUUAAAUUUCCAAAGUCUUUCAGCUGAAUGUUUUCUAAUCUUCCUGAGAAAUCUCAUUCUUAAAAUACACCCAGAUUAUUUUUAUUUAUUAGGCCUACAAAUAUUUGGGUCAAAUGUUUCAUGAAAAUCAUCCACACACUAUAGAUAUUCACAACACACACAAGCACGCUAUGGUACCAAAGAUUUUCUGCAUUUGUACAAAUGUAUUUUUAUAUGUAUGAUUUUAUAUUUUAAAAGUGUUUAUGUGAAAAUAAAGUCUACAACAGAAAUAUUAAAA